AAAAUCCUGUGGAGGCUCAUACAGUCACUUGUAGUCUAUGUCAAUCUACAGGUGUAAACCUGUUGACAAUAUGAAAAGCACCUGAUGGUUUCUGCAGAAACAGUAGCAGGAAGGGUCGCUAAUAAACAUGCUGAUCUGGGUGGUCAAGGUCUCAGCUCCUAUCUCACAUACUGGCUUCCCUCACCAGCUUCUCAAACUUAACAACUGUUAACAGGUAAAUAAAGGUAAGUUUAACGUUCACUGACAGCUUUGGGUGUCGCAACGCUUAUUUUGACUAACAGCACGGGGUGCAAAGUAAACUACAGUGUCGGAUAUUGUUAUCGCCACAGUGUGGGUCUGGUGCUGAUGCUGCAAGAGGAAAACACAGGCUCAUUAGCUCACCGUACAGUGUUAGCUCAAGCUAGCAAAGUGAACAGGGGAGGCCUAACUUACCGUUUCCCUGUCGCCUUAGUCCGGGUGUCUGUACAGUUCACACACAUCCAUUCAUCGGGUUAAAGCCAUCGUUAUCGUGUCGCUUGUACGCACAGAGGCAUUACUUCCAUGUAGCCACAUCUUUUGGUCAGCUAAGUACAGCUAGCUUAGUAGCUAACUUAGCAACCUGACAUGUUGUCAUGUAGAAGGGUCCCGUUAUGUCACGUGAGCAGAGGCAGCGCUCAGCGGAGGUUACAGUCACAUCUGGACCCUGUUCCUCUCAACUAUGAUUUAAGUGUUUCAGUUUGUAUAAAAGGACAGUAAUGAAUAAGGAAUGGACACUCUGUUUUACGGUCAUGUAAAUCUGUACCUAUUCUUACAAGACGAUGUGUUACAUUCAGUGCUUUGGUGAUUGUUGUUCUUUUUUUAAUGUAAAUCACAGGAGAAUCAAACUAUCAUUUUAAGACUGUUUGCAGUGAGAGCUAUGAAAACAUAGUCAGUUUGAACUUAAAUUGAUUUAAAAAUUUACUGUUAUAUCUUUUCAGGGUUUUCUGCGUUGUUUUGUAAGUUUCUCUUUAUAGUCUGAGGGUUUUGUUUUGACUGGACUUGCAAACGUGAGUUCGGAGCUUGAUGUAUGCCUUCAGAAGAAUAUAUUGUGGCUCACAUGUCCAUAUCUGUUAACAUGUCACCAGUGGCCGUGGGCUUACACAGUUCAGAUCUCCGGGAGGACCAGGCUGCUGAGUUGAUGUUUUGAAGGCCUCUGGUGCAGCCUAGUGGCAGCUAAAAUGACCAUGUGGCUGAAAUAUAAAGACAGAGGAUAUCACAACAGCUGUUAACACCAGGGAAAUUCCCAUUUCAUUAACAUCUUUGAAUAGUUGAGACUAAGAAUAGACUCGGAAGGGUUAAAAUCUUUUUUUUUCUUCUUCUUCUUCAAAUAAGAAAUGCUCUGCAAAUGGUAUCAACAGACUAAAAGGGAGAUGACUGUUUUAGCCUGCUGUAUAUCAGAAAAUGUUAUGUCACCUCACACAGGACAUAAAUAUUAGUAUCAUGCAAAAAGUAUGUGUUUAUGAUUGAUAGAUUUUUCAGAUUAGAAUCCAAAACAUUAAUGAAGCAAAUUAGUGAAAUUGACUCUAUGAUAUACCUGCAACUUUCACAUAGGUGCUGUUUGAGUCUCUUUUCAUAAAAAAAAUUGCUUCUUCAUCAGGAGUUCCUCAUCUUCAACUCAUACAAACUCUAUAACUGUGCAGAUGUUAAUUUCCAAAUAUGACUACAAGACAGAAAACACUUUCUGGCUCUGUGACAACUCCAUUCUCAGUGUAUGGAGCCCGGAUGUUCCAUGUUUUGGGGUCACACAUGCUACUUUCAGUCAGCUCCAACUUUCACAUGUUACAGAUGUAGGAUGUUCAACUUAGAUUUGAUGAAGCACAGAGACACUCAAUCUCAAUGGAGAACAUGAAGCCUUGAGCAGACCUGAUUCUACACAAUAAAAACUCAAACACAACAAGCAGAGCACAUUGUUCGGUGAUUGGGACACUAACCUUAAACAAACCACCUCACAUUCAACAGACUGCAGAAAGCCCGUAUAGCUAAUAUACUCAAGAGCAUACAGGGGACACUGGAUUUGGCUACAAUAUGGGGGAAGCUGUAACACCAUUUUCUUUAGUUAGAUAUAGCUGGAGCCACACCAUCCUUUCAGCAUUUGUUCACUUGCUUGUCAAAGUCAGAUGGUUUUCAAGGCUGGUAACAGGUGCGUGAGUUUGUACAAAUAAAAAUAAAAACAGAAUUAGAGGAAAGAAAGAACAUUCUUCCAUUUGGACUAUAUUUUACAUUGCAUGUAUAUUAUUGCAGAUAAAAUCGCAUUACCUACAUGGGAUUGAAUUGUUGUGUCUUGUCUUUUUCCUAUUUAAGGAGUGACCACCAGGGGGAGACAUUCUGACAAUGCCAGGUAAUCCAACUAAAGAUGAGGAUACAUUCAUGUGGCAAAAAAAAGUUCAUCAACUUCUAUCAAAUCCCAAAUUAUAUUUUAAACUUGCUCCAAAAAAGGUAACAUUAUUUUUAACUAUAAAAGCCAAACGUUUUGGUCAACAUGGCAGGUUAUAUCAUGGCCUAAAACUGAAAUAUAAUCUUGAGAGUUGCAGUUGUGAGUUCUUUUUUACCCUGAGAGACCAGAAAUUGUUUUACAUGUCACUGCAAAGAAUUUUCGAUUUUAAAUCCUACAAAUCAUACAUUCUUCCGGAGAUUUCAAACUGGAUUAAUCAAAUUAUCAUUGUCUAUAUUGGUGUCUAUUCUCGUUUGUUGUGCGCAUUUGAAAGUACCAUAGCUCUUGAUCAACUUCCCAUAUACCCACAAACGGGAACAUUUCUCUUGAUUUGCCCCCUGUCCUUCGCUGAAUGCCUGUUCGUGAUACAGUAUGAGAUAUUUAUGAUGGUAAAGUGACUUCACAAGCCCUAACAGGUAACGAUGUCUGUUGGUUCAGUGUCCUUAAUGUGAUGUGAAGUGGAAUAAUUGUCACAUCAGAUCCUGUUCCUAUCAUUUCAUGCGUGUGCUCGGUGUGUUUAAAGAAAGGGUUUGACGAAAAUUUCAGGUAGCCUACAUAAUCACAAAAGAGAAAAAAUAUAAAAGUGAGUGUUCUCUGAGGUUUUCAUCUCAAUUAUAGAUACUUUAAAAGAUGUUUUACGGUUUUCAGCCCAUCUGGGAAAAAUCCAGUUGAUCUGGAGGAUGUUUUAUCACCAGAAUUAAACACGAAAGGCCCACUGAACAGCCCGUUGGAUCUGAAACAAUUCAGUAAUAAUUCAUGCUCAAAAUGUUGGUUAAAAGUGAAGUCAUAUAGACUACCACUGAUACAAGAGCUGUAUCAUACAAUACGGUAAAACUAAUCAAAUGCAUUGAUUUUCUUGGCAAAAAUAAACAUGUCUUUUUUUUAACCCUUCGAGACCACGUGCAUACUAACGCACCACACUUACAGGUCAAGGAUGUUAUCACACACGAAUGAAACGUUAAAUGUUGAAUGAAGUCACUCAAUCGUUUAUUCUGCUUUUGGACUGAAAUUCAACCUGAAAGUCCGAGCUGGUCUCGUACAACAUUCCCUGCUCAUCAUUAUCAUCAUCAUCUUUAAACUCAUGUCCUCACAAAGUCACCCAUUGAAAAUCUUGGUGCCUCCUGGCCCUUAUUUUCUUCCAUUUUGCAUAUAAAUCUAUGCAAGACAAGUGCAGCUUUGCAUUUAACUUUGGUUCAGUGGAGGCACGAGCAGACAAACCCUGAGGAGGUGGAGCCACGACGGGACUCAUAAAACCUAAAGCUUAUUCCUCAACUCACUGCCAAGGUGACGCGCACAGCGGCUGACUAAUAGCUCCUAACCUCCACGGCUCAGCAGCGAGGUGGCAUGAACACGACCGGAUUCUGGAGCUGUGGGUCUAAGCUUUUCUCUCGGAUCCAGACCCCCCCUUUUUUUAUUAUCAAUAACCAAAUCCGGUCAGGAGUAAUCCAUGCGUAAAAGCCACAGAAGACGCAGGAAAAUCAGCCAUCUGAACUUGAUAUUUUGUUUGAUCCAGACCCGGAGUAUAACUUUGAUUUUGGGUCUUGAAUUCCGGACUGAAGAGACACUACAGCGGGAAUAUGACAGUCGGUUUGGGCCACUGAAGGAGUUGUUCUCGCUUCUCGGUUUUUGUUGAGGUGACCGCACAGCCGCAUUAUGCAGCAUCCUUUGGACAUGGGGGCGCAUUACUAUCCUCCGGAAGUUCACCCAGACCACAGAACUCAUCGCUACAGGAGUUUCAUGAUAGAGGAGAUCCUGACUGAUCACCCGGAGCACAAAGUCUCAGCCCCGGCCGGAGAGUUCCUUAAAUUCGGGGUGCAUGCGCUCCUGUCCACGCGGCCUUUCCAUAACCAACUAGGUAUGUGAGCGGAUGUCUUUGGGUCCACGCUGGGGAAAAAAUGAACCGCGGAAAACUUUCAAAAACAACAGAUCAUAAAUAAGUUCUUAAAUUAUGUUUCAUUUUGAAAUAUUGACCUGUUUAAACACCGUUUUCUUUCUUAAAAUAUCAUCUCAGCGCGGAAAAGAGCUCACGAUUUGCAACGGUCAAGCGAAAAUAUUACAACUCCACAACUUAAAAAGUCCAGGAAAGUCAUUUACUAUAAAGUUGUGAUCGUGAAGCUUUAGCUAAAAUGUGUAAAUAAAAAAUCAAGACUGCAAAUUAUCUUAAUAUUUUCCAUUUAGUUUCGUGCGUAAAAUUGGCUCUUUCGUGUUUUGUUUGGUGGUAGCAGAGAGAAAAACUGUCAAACAUCCAUUAGUGGGAGCUGCCUUAACUGCAUAUUAUUUUUAUAGGACAAUUAAUAAUAAGGUGAUUUUUUAAGCUCUCAAUGCUGUAGCCUGUAUUUAGUUGAUUGUCAAAUGAGUUUUCUUGGUUCGAAGUUAAAUCAAACCAAGUGGAUUAGCUGAACCCAUCAUGGAGUAAAGGCGCAAUGUGAAAUAAAAAAAAACAUAACUGACACAGGUCACUUGAAUAACUUUGAUAAAGACAGUACUUCAUUUGAACAUUUGAGCUAGACCGUAUCAAUCCACGUGUUCCCUUACUUUAUAAAUGUGUGUUUUUUUUUCCUGAUGCGUUUUAAAUACACAGACUAGCACAGACUCUAUCCUGUGUUUUUAGUCUGUAAUUCUGUUGUCUCUGCAGAGACAAUCUCAUCUCACAGUAUUUGGGUAAUCAAAUUGCUUUUUAUUUACCCGGAGUUGGUUCACUGAAAGGCUACCUGGGAACAACAUCCUUGUUAUUUCUUCUCCAUCUGAACCUACUAAACUAAAACAACAAUGUAUAGGCCUAAUCUAAGUUUCUGAAAUAACAACCCUCAUUUGCGUAUGUCUCUUUACCUUCUUUGUCAAUCUAGUGCUCAAAGCCGACCAGACGAGCCUCCUCAAGUUCCCCAUCUCCCCGCUUUCCUGCACGCUGGGCUCCCCUCUCCUGUCCCCGGCUCCGGGCCUUCAGGUCGGCGCGGCGUCACAUCACCUGCCGCUGGACCUGCACCUCCGCGGGAAGCUGGACCACGGAGUCGACGGGGGUAGCAAGACUAAGAAGGGCCGCCGGAGUCGCACCGUGUUCACCGAACUGCAGCUCAUGGGCCUGGAGAAACGCUUCGAGAAGCAGAAGUAUCUGUCAACGCCAGAUAGGUGGGUCUAGCUGCUGGAGAGGAGUUAUCGGGCCAUAGCCUUGAAAAAUUAACACCUAAAAUAGUUAUAUACUCUCAUACAUUUAGACAAAUGUAUGGAUAAUUUUUUUCUAAAACAAUUCAGUUUCACUCAUUUUUCGCAAGAAUACAUCCAUACAUUUGCCUCUCAAACUAUUGAAGAUGAGUACAAAAAUACCUGAAGCCACUUUAAGCUGUUUGUUGUAGAUUUUAAUUUCAAAAAGCUUUUUUUUUUACAUUAAAAAGUAUACUGGAAAAUAAGCCCAGUGGGCCUAAUGAUGAGAGGUUAGACUUUCUCUGUAUAUUCUCUGUUUGGGCUUCAUAAUGCACAGAGAUAAGGCAGCAUUAGUCAGCCAUCAACAUCAUCCACCCUUAUGAAGAUGAACUACUCUGAAACUUUUCCAAGAUGUGCAAACUUUGAUCUGGUCUGAUGUGGAUUUGUAGUCCAAAUGUUUGAAUGUCCUUAUUGUUUUUGUCCCCUCACAGAAUAGACCUCGCUGAGUCUUUGGGUCUCAGUCAGCUGCAGGUGAAAACAUGGUACCAGAACAGAAGGAUGAAAUGGAAGAAAAUUGUAAGUCGUCUUUUGAAAAUGUCAUGUUCAAGGCCACUUCUACCAUCUUAUGUAAAGCUUGUACGUUAUUUGCUGAAGCUUUGGAAUAAACAAUAAAUGAAAGAGAAUCAGAAUGAAGAAAUAUAAUAAACAUUUUCAGACUGAUUUACUAAUUAAUUUAAAUACAGAGGUUGAUGGGAAAUCAAUAGAGACAAUACAGACAAGGUACAGAUAGACUAGCUAAAGUGAACCUCAGAUUGUAAAAGCUUAAAGAAGGUUGUUUGUGUAAGUCAGAAAUAACACAUCAGCAUAUAUUAACAGUGUAACUACAUUUUUGGUCUGUGCUGUUCCAUCGAUUCAGUCCCCUUUUUCCUCUAAACUCACAUCAUAGUGUGAACUUCAACUUUCUCUGUCUGUGUCCUGCCUGCAGGUGCUGCAGGGAGGAGGCCUGGAGUCUCCGACUAAACCAAAAGGCCGUCCGAAGAAGAACUCCAUCCCCAGCAGUGAGCAGCUGUCUGAACAGGAGAGAUCGUCUGCCACCGAGGCGGACCCUCAAUCAGAAGGUUCAAGCUCCCACUCAGAGAGCACUCAGGAGGAAUGACCCGGCUGCAGAACUCUGACUGUGUGUGUGUGUGCAGAACUCUGGGACUCUUAGUUUGUAUUUUUUUUUUCUUUUUUUUUUUUUGGAUGGGGCCACGUUCAAAGAAGCAUGAGAGGAUGUUUUCCAGAAACUGGAGGAUCUUUUGCAGUCUGCAGACUCUCUCACACCUGAACUAUUACAGCCCUGUGUUUGUGUCGUAGCUCUCUGUACAUCCCCUCAUGAUGAUGAUGAUGAUGAUGAACUCUCUGCUGUUGAGGAGGGAACUCAAACUCUGCAGUAGGUCUCAACUUUAUAUUCUAAGGAUCCACUCUCACACAUCUGUUCAUCUGCAUUCCUUUUGUGUAACUGUGCUGUUUAAUUAUUAAAUAUAUUUUCACUAAUA